CGGGGGGCGGAGUCUGGAGUGAUGCGCACCCAGCGGCGCGCUCCCGGAAGUGACGCUGACGUCCCGUGCGUUCAGGCGGCUGCGUCGGGCUGUAGGAGAAGAUGGCGGUCUCCACAGGAGUUAAAGUUCCUCGUAAUUUUCGCUUGUUGGAAGAACUUGAAGAAGGACAAAAAGGAGUAGGCGAUGGUACGGUUAGCUGGGGCCUUGAAGAUGAUGAAGAUAUGACACUUACAAGGUGGACAGGCAUGAUUAUUGGGCCACCAAGGACAAAUUAUGAAAACAGAAUAUAUAGCCUGAAAGUAGAAUGUGGACCUAAAUACCCAGAAGCUCCUCCAUCAGUUAGAUUUGUAACAAAAAUUAAUAUGAAUGGAAUAAAUAAUUCCAGUGGAAUGGUGGAUGCACGCAGCAUACCAGUGUUAGCAAAAUGGCAAAAUUCAUAUAGCAUUAAAGUUGUACUUCAAGAGUUAAGACGUCUAAUGAUGUCCAAAGAAAAUAUGAAGCUUCCACAACCACCAGAAGGACAAACAUACAACAAUUAGUUUUAGUGGAUCUCAAACUUGUCUUAAAUCACCAACCUUCUACUCAUAUUAAUGUCUUGAUUAAGUAUCACAAUGCAAAAUACCCACACAUUAAGUAAAAGAAUUCCAGCUGAUAAACAUGACCUGGACAUUUGUAAGAAUAUAUUUAAUAUAUGUUCACCCAUUAUGUUUUCAGGUAACAGGAGGAAAAAUGUGGCACAAUUUUUCUUUCUCUUGUUAAGGCACUGUCAUUUAAACAUGAACCUGGAGUACUCCAAAUAGAAUUCAGGUUUACAAGAUGAAAGCAUGGGAAGAAUUGUCAGAUGUCAGUGGAAACGUGUUUCUGAAAAGUAAAAUCUCAAGAAGGAAAAACAGAAAUGGCAUACUUAUCCAUCUUGCUUAGUGAAAGAGCUGCAGUUUGAAAUUGUUCAAGUAGCAGGUACAAUGAAUAUUGUCACAAAUUGUGUUAAUUUUUGAGGCAGUGUGGGUGCUGACUACUAGUAGUAUCAAAAAUAUGUUCAGGAUUGUUUUGAUACCUGUAUUUAUAAUAAAAAAUGUUGGGGGGUUGAUGAAAUUCUGUCAAAAGCUGUUCUGUGUGUUACAUGUAACAGACAUGGUAAUAUUUGUUUACAGUCUUUGUUAAGUAAACCAUGCAUUUAAGUUUAGGGGAAGUCAACAAACGGAAAUAGGUGUAUGGAUAUGUGAUUUUGAGAUUAGUCUUAAAAUGUAAAUAAAAUGUGGAACGUGUCCUCAGAGACUGUGCCAUUUCUAUUAUAUCGAUGUAGUAUAUGUACAGUACCUUGCCAAGGUAGCAAAAAUUGAAAUUAUUGAUUGUAGCUUUUCAUUAAUACACCCCAUUUAUGAUUUAUUCUGCUUUGUAUAGAGUACUUAUGAAUUGGAAUUAUAUAAUUAGUUUAACCUCUUUUUGAGGAGGGAAUCUCAGAUAUUAUAUUUGAAUUUGAUUUCACCAGAAAUAAUAUUAACUACAGAGAUUUUUAAAUUCUAGACAUUCUCACACAAUUACAAAUUGCAUGUUAUUCAAAUGUACAUUCCUUUUUUUCUUAACAUCUUUUUAUUUUUCUGUGAAGCUUUUGGUUAAUGGGUUGAAAUAAUGGAGAUACUUCCUUCUCUAGUUACUGAUUUUAAUGUUAACAAGGGUUAGUUUUAUCCAGGCUCCAUCUAACAGAUAGGUAACUCUGAAAUCAGAGAUUUAUUUAUGAGUCAAAGCAACAGGAGGCUUUAGGUUACUAUUUCUGCUUCAAAGCACUGGGAUAUACUGCUUUUUUGAAAAAUAUUGUUUUCUUAUGAAUUUCCUGAAGAAUAUCAAAGGUAGUCUCCUUUCUUUUGGCCAAUGUUUUUUAUCCUUUGCCCCAGAAUAUAUAGGCAAACUAAAAUCAUGAUUGUCAAAAUAUCAGUGAGGCAUUCUAACUUUGCUUAAAAAGGAAAAAUAAUUGACUUUGUAUUGUUUUGAAAAUAUUAAAGUAUCUAGUUACUUUUGUAGUAUAACAUGGACAGGUUUCUCAAAUAUACCCUGACAUGUUUUUAUCAACCUCAAAUUUGAGCCUUGAACUACCUUUUCUUAGUUAAUAGUGUAUUAAAGUUAGUGACAGUUUGUCUAAACUUACUAAUUUCAACAUGGCUGAUCUAUUUAAUUAUCAAAAAUUUCUUGAAUACUUUAAAAUGAUACAUAGAGAACAUACACAAAUUCAUACAUGUAUAAUUUAUUAAAGUAGAUUUAAGAUGAACUGUUGCCUUGAAAUGUCUUAAAUUUUUAAUGGUUAGAAGAGAUUAAAUUACACUGACACUGUAUAAAGUCUAAUGGUAAUUGAUGGUCUGAAUCACUCUCAAAUAACUUCUUUUCCACUUUGAAAACAUGUCACAUAUGGAAGCUGAUAACUUGGGAUACUGUUGUUGGCAGUCUGAUGAUUUAGUCCCUUAAACUCAUAACGUUUUCGUUUCCCAUCUGUAUUGGUAUGAAAGUGUUUCUUCUUUUUAUGUGUUAUCAGAGUCAGACUUUUAAUGUUUAUUUCCCUCCUUUGCUUUUAAGAUUAUGAAUCUCACAGAAAUCUGCAUGCCAGUUAACCAUUUUCCAAAGCACCAAUCCAUUUUUGCAUGCCACAAUCAAAAUGUACAUGGCAAUCUAAGACACCCUGAUUAAGAGUUAACAUAAAGCUGCUCUAAAUUAUAGUAACAUUUCUUAGGAAUUUCAAAACAGUUUGUUUUGUAAAGUGGCUGAAGUUGUAGGAGUGUGUGGUAUUUUAUCACCUUUCAGAUGAAUUGUAAAAUUGCCUUAGAAAUUUGUUUAAAAGGUCAAGACCUUUUAAACCUUGAGGAUGAUCAUAUAUUAAUAAAAAUUGCAAAAAUAAAAUUCUUAUAUUAGGUCA